AUGUGGGCGAAACUUGUUUUAUUAACAAGUUUGGCUACUGUUUGCUACUGUAAAUCUGAACAAAGAUAUCGUAAGGUCUACUCCUAGCUUUGCCCCUGAUCCUAGCUCUAACCUUAACUCUAACUCAUAGGCUUAGCCCAUUAAUUCUCUAGCCUUCUAGCCCCGUGGCCCCUAGCUUCAUAGCACCCAGCCCCUAGCACAGAGCCUGAGCCCAAGUCUGGGUUUAAGCCUAAUCCUAAGCCUAAGCCUAUGCAUAAGCCUAAGCUUAAGCCUAAGCCUAAGUCUAAGCUUAAAUCUAAGCCUAAGCCCAAAUCUAACCCUAAGCUUAAGCCUAAGCCCAAACCUAAGCCUAAGCCCAAACCUAAGCCUAAGCCUAAGCCUAAGCCUAAGUCUAAGCGUAAGCCUAAGCCUAAGCCUAAGCCUAAGCUUAAGCCUAAGUCUAAGCCUAAGCCUAAACCUAAUCCUAGACUUAGCCCUAACUCUAGUCUUAGCUCUAACUCUAGCCUUAGCCUUAGCUUUACUCUUACUCAUUUGUCUCCGACCUACAGUAAUUUUUAUCUAUCUCGACCGUAAUCCACGUUUAUUUUAUGUCAUUUCAGCCGAACAAGGCUACACAAUCAACUUGACAAACCAAAAUGGCAACUACACUGGCACAAUCAGUAUUGGUACUCCACGUCAAACCAUUCGCGUAGUGUUUUGUACGACCAGUCGAUACUCGGUGAUACCAAUUGUUGGAUGCAAAAACCCAAAGGAUACUGUAGAAAAUUGUAAAACCGGCAGUAAUUUGUUCAGUACUAGGAAAUCGACCACUUUUAAGCCAUUGAGGGAAGACUUUCAUGAUGACUUCAAAGGAAUCAGCUUCAGGGGCACCUUCGCUGAAGAUGUCUUUGAGGUAGGUCUAUUGUACAUAUAAGCAUAGUAUGAGGGCAGGGUAGGGUAGAGUAGGGUAGGUUAGGGUAGGGUAAGGUAAGAUAAAGUAGUGUAAGCUAGAAUAGAGUAGGUAAGAUUAUAGUAAGCUACGGUACAAUGAAUUCGUAGUACGGUAGGAUGAGGUAAGCUAGAAGCUAUAGGUAGAUUGUGGUGAGUUACUAUAUGAGUAAAGGUAAUGCUUGCUAAAUUACUGUAAAAGUAGGCAUACAGUAGGCAAGGUAAUACUAGAUUAGCGGAAUCGCUCCUUGCCGAGAACAUUGGGCGUGGGUACGGUGGGUUGAUAAGGAUCAAAGGCAGUAUCUCAUGGGUUACGGUAACAGGAAAAGGUAGGACAGGCUGAUUAACGGUAAGGUAAAAGUUCCAGGCGAGAUAGAUAGGGUAUGAUAGUGCAUGAUUCUUUGCUUCAGGAUGGCAUGAUUUUUAGAGGCAGAGGUAAGGCAUAGCAAAUUUGUGUAUGGUAGAGCGGGUAAACUUACGUUUGAUGGUAUAUAUAAGUUAGAGUAGGAUAACAGGGUAGGGUAGGGUAGGGUAAGGUAGGGUAGGGUAGGAUAGGGUAGGGUAGGGUAAGGUAGGGUAGGGUAGGGUAGGGUAGGGUAGGGUAGGGUAGGGUAGGGUAGGGUAGGGUAGGGUAGGGUAGGGUAGGGUAGGGUAGGGUAGGGUAGGGUAGGGUAGGGUAGGGUAGGGUAAAGUAGGGUAGGGUAGGGUAGGGUAGGAUAAGGCGAUUAUUAUCGCUUUACCAUAAUACUUUUGCUGCCAUUUUCAGCUAGGCCCAGCCGAUGGCAAGACCAAUCUCCCCCUACCAGAGCCUCUUCAAUUCAAAGCCGCUAACUAUACCAACGUUUUUGAUGGUAUUAUUGGUUUACCGGCUACAGGCUUGACUGAAAAUUCAAUAAAGUCAUCUCUAGUUCAUAACCUGUUUACUGACAGUAAUUCAAACCCAUUCUUCUCGGUAUAUCUAGGUGAUUGUGCCAAAGACAAGUGCAAGAAGAAUGCUCAUAUUACCUUUGGUGACAAAGAUGCCAAACACUGUCAACAUGACGUUUCUUGGAAUGAGUUACACGAUGAUUCUUAUCUGUGGAAACUCAAGGUUGAUAGCCUAGAGAGUCGGAACAAGAAAAUGGCUGAAAGUGUGAUUGCUGUUGUUGAUAUAUCAUCAGAUGCUAUUGAACUACCUGAACAUAUUUUGAAAAAGGUCUUGGAUGGUGUUGAACAUAAAUUGAUUUAUGUGAGUUUACCGAUUAGGCCUAAAGUUAAAGCUAGGACUCUGACUAAACUUAGGAAUCGGGCUAGGACUCGGACUAGGCCUAAAGUUAAAGACAAGACUCAGGCUAAGCCUAGAAGUAAUACUAGACCUAAGGCCAGGCCUAGAGCUAAGGCUAUGACUUAGACAUGGCCUAAAAAUAAGGCUAGAAUUCAGAGUAAACUUAGGAAUAGGGCUAGUCCUAGGGCUAGGACUAGGACUUAGAUUUGACAUAGAAUAAGGCUAGGAUUCAGAGUAAGCCUAGGAAUAGAAUUAUGACUCAGACUAGACCUACAAAUAGAGCUAGGACUCAAAUUAGAUUUAGUCCAAGAGCUUGGACUAUGGUCUAGGGCUCUGGGCUAGGGCUCGGGGCUAGGGCUUUGGGCUAGGGCUCUGGGCUAGGGCUCUGGGCUAGGGCUCUGGGCUAGGGCUCUGGUUUAGGGCUCUGGGCUAGGGCUCUAGGCUAGAGCUCGGGGCUAGGGCUUUGGGCUAGGGCUCUGGGCUAGGGCUCGGGGCUAGGGCUUUGGGCUAGGGCUCUGGGCUAGGGCUCUGGGCUAGGGCUCUGGGCUAGGGAUCUGGUUUAAGGCUCUGGGCUACGGCUCUGGACUAGGGCUCUGGGCUAGGGCUCUGGGCUAGGGCUCUGGUUUAGGGCUCUGGGCUAGGGCUCUGGGCUAGGGCUCUGGGCUAGGGCUCUAGGCUAGAGCUCGGGGCUAGGGCUUUGGGCUAGGGCUCUAGGCUAGGGCUCUGGGCUAAGGCUAGAGGUAUAGCACAGUCGUAGAUCUUAUAAUAUGGUGCUAACAAUACCGUUCCAGGGCCAAUACAUAGUACCAUGCGACACCCCAAUCGACCUUAAAGUCCAGCUGAAGGACUAUGUUGUCUACAUACCAUCAUCCAAACUGGUCACUCCAAACGGUCGAAAAUGUUCAUUAUUACUUCGCCAAUCCAAAGACAAGAACAUUUAUCUUGGCCAUCCGUGGGGCCGUUCCUAUUGCCAAGUCUUUGAUCCGGUCAAUAGGAAGUAUGGCCUUAGUGGAGUGGUCGAUUCUGAAGAUGACAGAGGUCACGGUGACAGAAAAGAUGGGAAAAACGAUGGUGACAGGCAUAGUGAUGACAAGAAUGACCGCGAGAACGGUAAGAACGGCAAAAACAAUCGUGACAACAAAAAAAACGACCGUGAUCACAGAAAGAACGGCGGUGAGAACAACAAGAACUACCGCUAUAACAACAAGAACGACCGUGAGAACAACAAGAACCACCCUGAUGACAAUAGAAAUGACAAGAACGACCGUAAUAACAACAAGAACGACCGUGAUAACAAUAAGAACGACCGUAAAAACCAUAAGAAUGAUAAGAACGACCAUGAUAACAACAAGAACGACCGUGACCACUACAAAAAAAGUAGAGAAGAUUGUGACAAGUAUGGUGAACAUAGUGAUGAGCACGGUAAUCACAGGCACAAUAAAGAUUGUAACUGUGAAGACCACAACAACGGCUACGGUAACAAGAACCGUGAGCACGGUGGGUCCGGUAAUGACUACAAUAAUCAUGAUGGCUACACUAAAAACUACGGUAACAGAGACCGUGAGCACGGUGGGUCCGGUAAUGACUACAAUAAUCAUGAUGGCUACACCAAAGACUACGGUAACAGAGACCGUGAGCACGGUGGGUCCGGUAAUGACUACAAUAAUCAUGAUGGCUACACCAAAGACUACGGUAACAGAGACCGUGAGCACGGUGGGUCCGGUAAUGACUACAAUAAUCAUGAUGGCUACACUAAAAACUACGGCAACAUGGACCGUGAGCACGGUGGGUCCGGUAAUGACUACAAUAAUCAUGAUGGCUACACUAAAAACUACGGCAACAUGGACCGUGAGCACGGUGGGUCCGGUAAUGACUACAAUAAUCAUGAUGGCUACACUAAAAACUACGGUAACAGAGACCGUGAGCACGGUGGGUCCGGUAAUGACUACAAUAAUCAUAAUGGCUACACCAAAGACUACGGUAACAGAGACCGUGAGCACGGUGGGUCCGGUAAUGACUACAAUAAUCAUGAUGGCUACACUAAAAACUACGGCAACAUGGACCGUGAGCACGGUAGGUCCGGUAAUGACUACAAUAAUCAUGAUGGCUACACUAAAAACUACGGUAACAGAGACCGUGAGCACGGUGGGUCCGGUAAUGACUACAAUAAUCAUGAUGGCUACACCAAAGACUACGGUAACAGAGACCGUGAGCACGGUGGGUCCGGUAAUGACUACAAUAAUCAUGAUGGCUACACUAAAAACUACGGCAACAUAGACCGUGAGCACCGUGGGUCCGGUAAUGACUACAAUAAUCAUGAUGGCUACACUAAAAACUACGGUAACAGAGACCGUGAGCACGGUGGGUCCGGUAAUGACUACAAUAAUCAUAAUGGCUACACCAAAGACUACGGUAACAGAGACCAUGAGCACGGUGGGUACGGCGACAGAAAUGGUAACCGUGAUGAAUGGCACCGUGCCAAAGAAGACUACCAAAACAAAGGAAAGAACGAUAAGAAUGGUUGGCAACGAUGCCCACCAUACCCAACUGGUCAGUACGAAAUCGACAGUAUCUGCUUCCCAUCUUAUUAA